AUGGUGUUCAUUGAUCUUGAAAAGGCCUAUGACAGUGUGCCACGUAGACUGAUUUGGGAUAGUUUGGAGAGUAGAGGGGUUUCUGGGAAGUAUAUAGACUUAAUUAGGGAUAUGUAUGUUAGGACCGAGACUACUGUCCGAGCGCCUGUAGGGGAUACUAAGUCUUUCCUGGUGGAGGUAGGACUUCACCAAGGGUCUGCUUUGAGCCCUUUUCUAUUUGCAGUUUUCCUAGAUGAGUUGAUAAAGUCAAUUCAGGAGGCUCUUCCAUGGUGCCUGCUUUUUGGAGAUGAUAUUGUGUUAGUUGCUGAUAGUAAACAAAGCCUGAAUGCGAGGUUAGAAGAGUGGCGAGCAGCUUUAGAGGGCAGAGGAAUAAGGAUUAGUCGAUCUAAGACUGAGUACCUAUAUUGUGACUUUAGUGGAGUAGACAACGUUGAGGAUAUUCAGAUCACCAUUGACGGUCAAGUGGUUCCAAGGUUCCCACCAAAAUUGAAAAGGAAAUUUUAUAGGGUUGCAAUUAGACCUGCUAUAUUAUACGGAAUCGACUGUUGGGCCAUUAAGGAAGUACAAGCACGCAAGAUAGAGGUAGCAGAGAUGAGAAUGCUAAGAUGGACGUGUGGGCACACAAGGUUAGACCGGAUAAGAAAUGAUGUUUUUAGGGAGAGGUUAGAAGUAGCUAGUAUAUCAGAUAAGAUAAAGGAGGGAAGAUUGAGAUGGUUUGGGCAUGUGAAGAGGAGGCAGACAAUAGAGCCAGUUAGAGUAGUUGAAACUCUCGAGGUGGAGGGGAGGAGGAGUAGAGGCAGACCCAAAAUCACUUGGGAUGAGCGGAUUAGGCAAGAUUUGCAAAAACUGCACCUCUCUGAGAACAUGGUCCAUGAUAGGAACUCGUGGAGACGUCAGAUUAAGGUUAAAGAUUUCUAG